AUUUCUAGGAUUGGGCAAGAUGUGUAUAAUUUCAUAGGAAACCAGGGAGUAAGAUGAAUUUGAGAACAGAAUUGUAUCAACUCAUUGAUAGGAAACCUCGACCUGUCUCUCAGCUGGUUGCACAACAGGUUCCUCAGCAAUUCGUGCCCCCUACACAAUCAAAGAAAGAGAAAAAAGAUAAAGUAGAAAAGGAAAAAAGUGAAAAGGAAACAACAAGCAAAAAGAACAGUCAUAAGAAAACCAGGCCAAGAUUGAAAAAUGUGGAUCGAAGUAGCGCUCAGCAUUUGGAAGUCACCGUCGGAGAUCUGACAGUCAUAAUUACAGACUUUAAGGAGAAAACGAAGUCACCACCUGCUUCCAGUGCUGCUUCUGCAGAUCAACACAGUCAGAGUGGUUCUAGCUCUGACAACACAGAGAGGGGAAUGUCCAGGUCAUCUUCACCCAGAGGAGAAGCGUCAUCGCUGAAUGGGGAAUCUCAUUAAAGUUUAUUUCCUCCAGUUUCUUUAGUCUCUUCUCUUCAAAACAUGCAAAUACAUAACUUCUGUCACUUGUUACCACAUUUUCAUGACAGAUUAUCCAUGCACAAUUGGUAUGUUGACUGGAACAUAAUUUAUGUAGUUUUAAAAAAAGAAAAAUGUGCAGUGGUAGAAACAAUAAUUUAAAUGCAAUCUACAAAUGCUUACAAAGCAUUUUCAGACCAACUUUUAAAUUUUCAUGUGUAAAGGUGCCAUGAAAAUGUGGUUUGAAUGUUCAUUAUGCAGUGUUAUUGGUAAGUCCAUUUUCACUUUUAGUUUAGUGAAUUCUAACACAACUCUUGGAGUCUCUACUAUUGGCAUGUACUGAAUUUAAAUUUUUAUAACAUAGUUCAAGCUGCCUAAAUAUGUAUAAUUUGAGAAUUGUGAAACAUAGUUAUAUGUAUGCAAGUCAGAGAUCAACUUAAUCAACUAUUGCUGCAACAGAAUUUUCAUAAUAAUUAUCUUCUUAAAAACACCUGCUGGUACUUGGUGUGGUUAAAUAGGAAAAAUGUUAUUAAAUAAAACAUUUGUAUGAAUUUUUGCCAAUGUUUGACACAUUUUACUAGAUUACUGUUACUGAAUUAUGUUGAUGGUUUUACCAAUAUUUUUUCACACUUAAAACACUUAUUGUAAUGUUUACAAGCAAAAUAGAAAACACAUUCUAAGCAUUGAUUGGUUAACCUUACAAUUCAGGUCAAGUACUACAUUGUCACUGUACGCUGGUAUUCUAUGUUGUGUAACAAAUAUGGAACCUCAGAUGACUAUGCAUUUGGCAAAAACUAACAUUUGAAAGUAUUGAAAAUUUGGAAAAGCUUUAAAAAUAACAGAAGUGUGGUUCUCAUUUCUGCUUAGUGCUGUUUCCUCGCCCCAAAUUUAUCAAGUGUCAUAUAGUCACUUAUCAUUUCAUUACAGGAAUAUCAGAUGUUGCGCAAGAAUAAGGAAUUAACAAUACUAUUAAUUUUUUGUUCCUGAAUCAAUUUAUUUAAUUUUGAUUUGGCCUAUUAGAAUAUAUUAUGUCAUAAAUCAUAUGAAAAAACUCAGUACCCUACUUUAUGGCAUAAACUGUCAACAUUUACACACUUAGCAAUAUACUGAUACAGAGCAGAACUAUUUACAAUCCCAUCUGGUAUUAUGUAAAAUUACCAAUAAAAUAUUUUUGUGAAUACAGAUUUUGCAUUUUUGUUUACAACCAAUAAGUGUUUUGAUACACACAUACAAUCCAUGUAUAGAUUCUAAAUUAUAGAUUCAGGUUCAGUACAAAAGUCCAUUUAGCUCCUUUUAGUGAAGUAGUCCACUUACACUCCUGUGAUUCUUUUCUUUUUUGUUCAAAAUAAAUAUAUUUUUAAGCCCGUGUAAAAGUUGGAUGGACCUUCUUGGUAGUGAAUCCAGCCCCAAAUUAUUACCAACAUAUGAUACGUCGUCUUAACAGCUAAAACAAUGGAUUUUUGUAGCCCCUGACAAUUGUGAUGUUUGGUGGUUUCUUGUAGUAAUGUAUUUUUCUGUUUUUAACGCAGUACUUCUACAGGCACAAUGGUACUGUUCUAUUUUGUAAGAUGCUAGUUGUGAAAUACAGUUAGUUGCAUAAAAUGAAAGUCUGAUGUGAUAUCUGAGAACAUACAUACCUCAUUCCUUGGUGUUGCUGUUUAAACUUUUUAGACAUCAAAUGUUAAUUAUAGGCUAUUUCAGAUGGAUAACUACUGACCUGUUUAUUAUGUAUUCUGCUUUAUCUUACUAAAUAGGAUGUCUGUUCAUUGCCGUUACCUGGCCAAAUCUUAGUAUCUGUAAAACAAUGCAUUUUAAGGUUCUUAAAUGUUUUUGGGGCUGGGCUGGUGUUCAGAAUAACAUACACUAGUUUUUAAAAGAAAAAGACAUGCUUCUCAACUUUAUUUUUUUAUAUUUUAUUUUUAGGUGGGACUAUUUGCAGAAUAUACUGAUGUAAUGGAUUACAAGAGAGCUGAAACUGUUUAAGUAAGCAGUUUAAUGAUAGCAAAUCUCAUCGCAAGAUGUUUUAUGAAAUGUGUUUCUAAUUUAAAAUGUAAUGAAUGCUAACACAUUUCAGAAUUCCUUGCAAACAAAUAAUAAUCUAUUACCAGUAGUUCACCAAAUGGGAAACGUAUUUUCAUUUAACUUUAUGUGAAUAAACCACCCAGCGCUGCCAACAAGAGGUCUCUUUGUAUCUUCGGAAAUAAGUAGUCAUUUGGUUUGGAAGGAAGGGAGGAUGGAGUGGAUUUUACUAUGAUUCAACUGUGUCUAGAGAAUAAUCUCAAAAAUGUGGUACAAGUAUGGUUAUAGUCAAAAAGAAUGCAGAAAGGUCUCACUGUUCUUUAUGGAAUAAGACAUAGAAAAGCAAUUUCUAACCACAGAUACAACACAAGUCAGCUAGGAUCUAAAAACUGAGCUGUGGUGGAUUUAACUGAACUAUUACGUUGCCAGUGUUUACAUUGCAAUGAUGCCUGUUUGGGCAUUAAACAAAGUUAAGAUAAGUUUUGCCUGUUUGUGAUUAAAGGGAUGUGACAAUACUGACAGCAGAGUAGACAAAUUCUAAGUAGAAUAUGGCAUUUGACUCUGUUCAUAAUGUUAUAAUUUAAAUGAAUUUCACUUUCAUCAUUUCUAAAUAAUUUUGACUUGUAGUAAUCCUAAGUCCCUUUUCUAACUGUAAAUAUAUUUAAAAGCAUCUUUACUCCAUUUAUAAAAAGUGAAAAUUUAAUGUUGUAAUGUGUUUUGAUUAGCUAUUUUUCUCUGUGACUGCUCGCUGCAUAAGAACUGUUAUUUGUUAAAUUCUGUAUAUGCACCAGUCUUCAACAGCCAUACAUCCUGGGUUGUUCAUGAAAUGGUGACCCAACAAAGACAAGUGUGAUAGUGUUCCAUGUAAAUGAGUUCCUUUAUGUGCUGAUUGGUUGUCUGGUUUCAGAAAGGAAAAGGGGGGAGAAAUGGGGAAAAAUGAAGUAUAAUUAGUUCACUGAUAAAGUGUACAAUAAUUCAGUCUCUUAUCUUCCUAAAUUUGCCACUAAUUAUACGUGGUAUACAGUUGUAGACUAUGACCCUUUUUUCCCCUGAAAUUAAGUAUGUAUAUUGGAGAGAAACAAAAGUUGUUCUACUUAGUAGCAGGUUAAAUUAUGCCAUAUAAAAUCUUGAUCCUAACAGAAGUGAUAGUAAAAAAAAAAAACUACAUUAACAAACUUAAAAAUUCUUGAUAGUAAAAGUCUUUGAAAUUAAGACUAUGACUGAAGUUUUAACCUAUUACAUGUUUCUCUAGAUAUUUGAUGUUUCGUGGCAUAGAUUGUAAAAUCUCAAAAAUUUUGUCGAUUUUAUAAUUUGUGCACUUUACUUUUUCCUAAUAUUAUGGAUAGCACAUUUUUAGGUAGCCAUGUAAGAUAGAAUAUGUUUUAUAAUUUGUUUCCACCAGUUCACUAUAGUGUUCAGGCAGGUCUUCUAAACUUGACACAAGUGUAUGGCUCUGCAUCUUAGAUUCUUUAAUUUUUUUUUCUCUCCUGUCUCAAAAGCCUGACAGUUUCCCACAUUGUGCUAAUUGAUUAUACUUUUGUUAUACAGGAUGGAUUUGGCAUGGAACUGUCUAUUGUGUACUUCUUAUGUAUAUCCAGGGUUCUUUAACUGUAUCUGCUUGUUUUUUUCUGUCACAUGCCUUUAUUUGACUCUGCUCCCUGCUAGGGAGUCUGAGUAUGCUUCCUUUCAAAUAUCAGAAACUAUAUGGAAAUAGAAAUGCAAUUUAAUUUAAUUUCUCCAAAGGCAGCAGCAAAUGCUACGAUACGUGUAGUAAAUUUGGCCUGUGCUUACUCAGGAAUAAGAUAGGUAAGAUAAAAAGUUAAUGCCGGUUUUGACUAUGAUAAUUUGCAAAUGCAUACUUCUAUCAACGUUAAGAUUUGGGUGUGCUGGAAAUACUGUUUGAGCUUGCAAAGGCUUUUCUUACCUGAAAUUAUGCCCUGACUUAAGUCAAAGCAGUCUCAGUUCGAAAGGGUGUAACUUCACAAACUAGGAAAAGCUGUACAGUAAAAUCAGUCAAACUGAGGAAGCUCCGUUGGUUUUCUUUUGUACUGUCAAAGUUUUAACAAGAGAAACUUUCUCCUCUUGUUAAAGGAGAAACUUUCUCCUUUAACUUGCUCCUCUCUCUCUUAGAGAAUUAAGAGACUAAGACAACAGAUGGUGAGCUUCAUUUGACAUCUAAAGAACCCAUGUUUUAAUAAGAAUUAACAGGAUUUAACUACUCAAUUAAAAUCGGAAAAGUACUUCACAAGUUAAUUACAGAUUAAUGCUUUCGAAAAUUAUUGCAACUUCCUGUCUAGAUGGAUACGAAUGGAGUAAACGGUGCAACAGCAAUGGAUAGCUGCACACUUGCUAGUAAAUGGUAUUAUCCAACAGCAAGUGAUGUUUAAGUGACUUUCCUAAGACAUUACACAAGAAGAUUGUGAUGUGUCUAUGAACAAGGCCCAGGAGUCCAGGUGUGUCCCCCCCAGCUCCCACCUAAACUAUACCGUUGGAUUCAAACAGUGAAAGAAAAUGCAGCGAACAAAUAAAUUAGUUUCAGAUCCUAGACUCUUAGUAAUGCAGGAACUAUUUACAGCUUCUGUUUAACUGUAUUGGUGAAAAUUAAAAUGAACCACCACUGUGUAAUACUUAAUCCCUCAGGAGAUGUUUUCAAUCCUAAAUCUUGCCCCUUUCAUUCUGGGAAACAGAUAAAAGUCAUCUGAAAGAACUUGCUCUGUCCACUGACACAGGGGAUUUUAAGAGGAGACAGUUUAAUGCGCACAGGAAGUUUUAGCUGUACUUUUAAGGAAUGAAACAUGGAAGAUGAAGGGCAAAAGCAUAUUCCAUCGCUCAAAUGAGUAUUACUAAGAAUGAUCGCAAGAGAUUGCUGUACCAUUUGGGGUUUGGAAAAGACAAAAUGGUAACACUAUCUAAUCACUCCUUGUCCCAUAUGUUUAAAAAGCAAAUUACCACCAGAAAAAAUAUUGUUCCAGUAACAAUAAUUUAAAGAAUAGUUCCAAAAUGUUAAUUAUUUUGUGGAUAGUAUGGCAUAUCUUGACAGAGGUAGGAAUAUCUGAGCAAGAAGCCCUUCAGGACUACAUUUUCAGGGUGUAGGCACCUGGAAAAGUGUAAUCUUUAAUUACACUGUUCUCUGUGUAUAAAUAUUGAUCUUAGUCAAAGUGCUUGCAAAGUGAACAAGCUUAAACUUUUUUUAAGAAAUGUGGCUUUAGACCAAUGGAGCUCUAACUUACAAUGGAGUUAUUGAAAAGACAACUGAGGAAAAGAGAGUAUUAAUAUAUUUUUUGAUAACCUGCUAACCACAUGCUCAUAAUUUUCCUCUUCUGUAUGAAGAAGCAAAAGUAUACAGAAGAAGGAAAUAUAUGUAACCAGGGCUAAUGAAAUUUGGCUCUUUACCCCCUUCCCAAGCUCGCUAGAUUCUACGAACGACAAAUUCUUUUGGUUCAAAGGCAGUUGCAGGUACUUUGUCACUAGAAAAGGAUGGAGUUGUUCAGUCACUUAGCGUCUGUUAGUUAAGACAAGUGAGCGGUCAGGCCGAUUCUACUUUCUGAACACCCACUUUGGGAAUGGAGAGAUCUAAUUUGCUAUUUAUAUGCAUCUAAUAUAUAACUACCAUCCAUGAAUAAUCUGUUUCUGAAGCUGAUCCUUCUUUGCACAGAAUAAAUCAAAAUGCUUCAAUGCCAAGCCCAGUUCCUGGCAGCACAGAUCUCUGAGCAAGAAAAUACACCAUCUGACUGAUCAUCUCUGUAACAGCCUUCAGCUAUGAAUUAAUCUCAGCAAGGGAAACCUCUUAAGAUUACGUGUAUUUGUUGAGUAUCACUACUCCCACCUCUGAAGGAAAUCACAUUCUGAUUCCUUCUUCUCCCUUUUUUUUUCCCAAGUACAUCUAUAGUAUAAGUGGAGGCAGUGAGUUUGAAAUAAUUUAUUAUGCCUGCUUUUGUAAGUGGGGAAUUUGACUGCUAUUCCCAGUUCUUCAACUAUAUCUUGGUUUCUCUAAGACCAACAAUGGUAUGUGGAACUUAGAGGUCAUCUAUCAGUUUGGUCACCGUUGUCCUUGUUUCUAUAUAACUGACUUACUGAACAGAUUCUUGCUGAGCAAACUUACUUAGACCAAUCCUGUACCAUUCAAGCAUUCUGGCUGAGGUAGCUGGCAUUCUGGGAUGCCAAUUACUGGUCUUCAUAUCUGCAUUUCUGCAAAUGGUCUGAUUCUAUUGCUGGGAGGCUUCCAAACAUGGAAAAAUAAGCAAAACGCUUUCCAACUGAUGGAGGCGUAAUGUUGCCAAGUGACUUGCAGUACCUGGAGGAUUUUUGAAAGGUGCAAGAAAAUGCUCUCGGUGCCAGCUGGAGAAAGAGAUCCGAGGAGCACGCACAGACACUGAGCGCUUUCUCAGCUUUCCUACAGAAAUUCUGAGUAGCUUCUGUUUCUAAAAUUUCAAACACCUUCAAAAACCCUCAGUCCAACAAAAAGACAGAGGAUAACGGGGGAAAAGAACAAAGAAAAUGUAUUUUCAGAAUAAUACCUAGAAAAGCCACUAUAGAAUGGCUUCUGUGUGUGUUUAGUAUUCCUUUCUCUGUGUACUGUAUUGGAAGUAGGCAGCAUCCCACACUUCUUAUAGUUGUGUGUUGCUUUAUAAUUCUUGAUCCCUGUUGGUGCAGUGACUUUUGGCCUACAGAUAGGUGUAGGUUUUUGUGAAUUUCAUAGUAAAUACCAUGAACGUUUCUCUCUUGGGUACAGGUCAUUUACUGAAAGGGCAGUAGUUUUGAUUAAAGAGCUAGUCAGGAACAAAAUAGAUUCCUCUUGCACAUUUAGACGCUACCCAAUUUUAAAGGGCCUGAUUACUGGACUACUAGAAAAAGGAUAACCUUAUGUUGAAAGGGUAAUAAGAACCCAGACUAGAACGGAUGUGGCUUCUGAAGAGAGUUUUGUGGCCAGUAGUUCGUAUGGCUGUUUUCAGUGGUUAUUCCACACCUUAGCCCGUUAAUCUUGAAGCGUUGGUAGAGCAUCCUCACAGACAAAUCAAAACUACCAACAGCACUGUCAGAUGCUCUUAAAAUUUACUAAGUGCCUUAUACAGAGCAUCACUGAGGCAAUGGUUCGAUUGAAAGGAAGUUUGAUAAAAGAUUUACUCCUCCGGAUGGAGUCACAGGUUAUCAGUUGUAACCAAGGCGAUGUUCCUGGUUAUAACACACUAGAAUCUUAUAUUUUAUUGCUGAUUCAAGUACCUAAUAAGAAACAGUCCAGAAAUUUCUGAGGCUUUCAGUUUGUAAAACAUACAUUCUUUGGAGGAGAUUUUUUUCUUCUCAUCAGCUGUGAUGGCCUACUGGAAUAUCACAGAAGUGAAUAAAACUUCUGAGUAUUUCUGGAUGCUUUCACACUUCUCAGUUUCUUAAUCAAGGACAGCAUUACCUUUCUUGGGAAGGGGUACGUAAGUUGGUUUUAUUCAUAAGGUUUAUGUUUAUCCAACAGUAGUUUUUAAGGAUUUUAUUGUCAGAAAAAGGGCUUGUUAUUUUGAAAAUAAAACUCUUACCUGCCAGGUGUCUUCCCCAAAAUGAGUAAGUGCCUUUUCUGUUCUGACUCUUAGAAGUAUUUACUUUUGUCAGAUUGAAUCUGAAUGUCCUGGAUAAACCAACUAUGAAGUACUGAGUGUUACCAAUGGCUUUGAAAUCCUAUCACUGAAAGAACAAGAGACAAAAUGUAAGCCACUUGAAUUAUUUUGAGACCUGAUGUUAUCAGAAGUUUUAUAACUGCUGUGAGUAGUAUACUUCUAAGAACAAUGUAACUUUUCAGGAACUUGAUACUGAUAGGAAAUAAAUAUUUAUUAAAAGAAGUAUAUUAAAUAAAUAUUUAUUUACCAAUUUAAGUAAGAGAAAAUGUUACACCGUGGGGGCAACAGUCUUGCUGUUAGCAGUCCUGACUAAUUAAUGGAAAGUAAAAAUGAAGCCCUGAACUCUGGCUGUAAAAGAAUGCAUGGUAUUUGUUGAGAGAUUGGGACUGUGAAUCUUAGGUCCACAUUCUAAUAAAAUUAUUCCUACCUAAGUUUUUACCAAUUCUCAAGCAGAAAAGAAAGCAUGAGCAGAUAUCAGUAAGAGGCCCUCUGGUUUUAUUGGUGCUGCUUCCUAUCUCUAGAGGAUUUUUGUUUGUUUGUUUGUUUUAUUUUUAAACUUUGCUCAGGACUGGUACAGCUGAAAGUAUAUUUUCCCUUCAUUCUUAAGCCUAAACUUUGAAUGGAGUUUCUCUGAGAUGCUUUUGUAGUGAAAUCGUAUUCCCUACAAACAUUGAAGACAAAAAUAAACAUCUCCGUGAACAA